UCUGCCUACGGUGAGAGUGAGUUCAGUCAUGGUGGGUCGCAGAGACGGCUCGCUGAUGCGGGAGAAAGGCCAGAGCUUCUGCGGAUCUCGAGUUACAGUAGCCAUUGCCAUGGGAAUCCUGCUUUGCUGCGUCUCGGUCUUGGAGUUGCUCUAUCCUAACGGCCUCUUCAGCUCCGAUCCGCCUCCUUGGUUGCAGAAGUUCUGGAGAACGGAUCGCCAGACUGAUUCAUCCUCAUGCAAAUCUCAAGAACGGGCUAACGCGCUGAAGCAGGGACAAGAUAAUGCACCGAAGCAGUUCCCAGUACUGGGCCAACAGCACAAAGCUGGGCCUUUUGGUACUGUCAAGGGGUUGAGAACUAAUCCGACGGUCCUUCCCGAUGAAUCCGUGAACCCAAGGCUUGCUAAGUUAUUAAAGGAAAUUGCCAUCGGAAAAGAGCUUAUAGUAGCACUUGCUAACUCCAAGGUCAAGGACAUGUUGGAGGUUUGGUUCACAAGCAUCAGGAAAGUGGGCAUACCUAAUUAUCUGGUAGUAGCAUUAGAUGACGAGAUCGCAGAGUUCUGCAAAUUGAAUGAAGUUCCAAUGUAUAAGAGAGAUCCAGAUCAGGGGAUCGAUUCAAUCGGGAAAACAGGAGGUAGCAUUGCAGUCUCGGGCUUGAAAUUCCGCAUCUUGAGGGAAUUUUUGCAGAUGGGAUACAGUGUUCUUCUCUCAGAUGUUGACAUAGUUUACCUGCAGAAUCCGUUUGAUCAUAUUUACCGCGAUUCUGAUGUGGAGUCGAUGACCGAUGGUCAUGACAACCAGACAGCUUAUGGGUAUGAUGACGUCUUCGAUGAUCCAGUGAUGGGCUGGUCUCGGCAUAUUUACACAGUGAGAAUAUGGGUUUACAACUCCGGUUUCUUCUACAUCAGGCCCACUAUCCCUUCCAUCGAGCUUUUAGAUCGUGUGGCUGGUCGGCUUUCUGAAAAACCGUAUUUAUGGGACCAAGCAGUCUUCAAUGAGGAGCUAUUUUUCCCUUCACAUCCUGGAUACGAGGGGCUCCAUGCCGCCAAGAGAACUAUGGAUUACUAUCUUUUCAUGAACAGUAAGGUCCUCUUUAAGGAGGUCCGGAAGGACGACGCUAAGCUCAGCCAAUUGAAGCCGGUCAUUAUUCACGUCAACUAUCAUCCAGAUAAACUUCCGAGAAUGAAGGCUAUAGUGGACUUCUAUGUCAAUGGCAAGAAAGACGCACUGCAACCUUUCCCCGAUGGUACAUAGAGAAAUAGGUAGGAGCAGAGCCAUAAUGUUCUCAGCCGUUUCUCUUCUUGCUUCGGUUUGCUGCACACAAAGGUAGGUUCAAUCUGGAUGCACUACCGAACUCCACA